AUGCGAGGCAAGGAAGAGAGGUUGUCGGCUGUACUAAUAGCAGAUCAUUUCAACUCGUGCUUCGGCAGUUCGUUUUCGAGUCUUUUACCGUUGUGCAAUGUGCCGCUAAUCGACUACGUUCUGGAAUGGCUGGAAGCGUUGGACGUGGAGGAUGUGUUCGUCGUAAUGGUCGCCUCGCCGAAACUAUUCCAUCGUUUUCUGCUUCCAGUGCUCAAUGGCUGCAAAAGCCUUGGGGACGCAAUGAGAGAAUUGGACCGCAGGGCGCUCCUCAAAUCAGAUUUUCUUCUCGUUCAAGUUGUAAACUUCGCUCUUUCGAUUCAUUUUUUAUGUCGAAUACUGUCGAUUCUGAGCUGUAGAAUCCAAUUACUGGAGUCACGUUUCAAGUUUCUUCGGAGAUACUUCGUGCGUAUUCGAUAUCGUCAAAUGUAUUCUCUUCAGAGUGAAGACACGAUUUUAGCUUUCGGUGUCAUCAUUGCAGCACAUUCUCUCAUUUUCUCCUCUCCAGUUGUAACAGUUUACUUGCUUAUGCUGUGUCUUAGUUUCCAGCAGCUCGCUCGACAGACUUAA